GAGCAAUCACAGACGCCCCGACCUUGACUUCCUCUGCUGGGAGAGGCUGGGAGGCUGGGCCCCGACGGGACCAUCGCUGUCCCCUUCCUCUGGGCAGGGGACAGCCAGGCGCGGGCCGGGCCCGGGCCCCGACUUCCUCUUGUCCCGGAGCGAGCACGCCUGCCCUUCGCGAGCAGGUUUCGGUCUCUCACGAAGAGGAAACCGAGCGCGGUGAGAGGGAGGGGAGGCCGCGCGGCCAAUCGGGGGCCGGGCGAGGCACAAAACCGGGCGCCCUGGGGCGCAGGCAGAGCGGGGCCAUGGCAGAGCUGCAGCAGCUGCAGGAGCUGGAGAUCCCCACCGGCCGGGAGGCCCUGCUGGGCAACCACAGCGCCCUGCUGCGCGUGGCCGAUUACUGCGAGGACAACUACGCACAGGCCACGGACAAGCGGAAGGCGCUGGAGGAGACCAUGGCCUUUACCACCCAGGCGCUAGCCAGCGUGGCCUACCAGGUGGGCAACCUGGCCGGGAACACGGUGCGCAUGCUGGACCUGCAGGCGGCCGCUCUGCGGCAGGUGGAAGCCCGUGUGAGCACGCUGGGCCAGAUGGUGAACAUGCACAUGGAGAAGGUGGCCCGGAGGGAGAUCGGCACCUUGGCCACGGUCCAGCGGCUGCACCCCAGCCAGAAAAUCAUCGCCCCCGAGAGCCUCCCUCCCCUGACGCCCUACUUCCGGAAGCCCCUCAACUUCGGCUGCCUGGAUGACAUUGGCCAUGGGAUCAAGGAUCUGAGCACCCAGCUGUCGAGGACCGGGACCCUGUCUCGAAAGAGCAUCAAGGCGCCUGCCACACCCACCUCUGCGGCUCUGGGGCGCGCACCCCGGAUCCCGGAGCCCGUGCAGCUCCCGGUGGUGCCUGACGGCAGACUCUCCGCCGCCUCCUCCGCCUCCUCCCUGGCCUCUGCUGGCAGCGCUGACGGCGCCGGAGGGGCCUCCACGCCCAAGGGGCAGGCAGCACCCCCGCCCCCUCCGCUCCCCAGCUGCACCGCCCCACCCCCUCCGCCGGCCUCCGACAGCGGCCUGCCGCCCCCUCCGGAGCUGCCCCCGCCCCUGGACCUGCCCCCGCCCCUGGACCUGCCCCCUCCGCCAGUCCUGGACGUGGCCGAACUGGAACUGCCGCCCCCGCCUCCACCAGGCUUUGGGCCCGAGGAGCCCAGCUGGGCUCCUGCUUCGUACUUGGAGAAAGUGGUCACGCUGUACCCGUACGCCGGCCAGAAGGACAACGAGCUCUCCUUCCCGGAGGGCACGGUCAUCUGCAUCACCCGCCGCUACUCCGACGGCUGGUGCGAGGGCGUCACCGCGGAGGGCGCCGGCUUCUUCCCGGGCAACUACGUGGCGCCCAGCUGCUGACAGACGGCCGGCUCCUUCCGCGGGAACUCCGAGCCCGGGCAGAAGCCAGCUCCGAGGCCAAGCCGGGCUGGACUGAGGGGUGCCCGGAGGCCUGCUGCCGGCAGGAGAGAACCGGAAGCCAAGGCGUUUGGUGACCCCGUCCACACGGACCCUAUCCCAUGGAGGGGGGUCUCCAGCUGCAAGUGGCAACUUUGAAUAAAACUGAUGAACUCCU